AUGCGCUUCACAAAUUUUGUCCUUGCUGGUAUCGCAACCGCGAGCACGUAUGCCUCACCUUCCAGACCUCGCCAAGUGAAGACCGCAAGCGAGCGUCUCGGACUUACAUGGCUAGGCGGAAAUAGUAGCCUGCCAAAGAUUCUCGUGCUGUACACCGGAGGCACAAUUGCUAGUGGCUCGAUAUAUGGCGCUCUCGAUGAUACGCAAUACGGUCAAUUGCAAAUUACUGGAGAAGAAAUAAUCGCACGAAACCCGUAUCUACUCAACCACACCCAACUUGCCGUCUCGAACUGGACCUCGGAAGAAGGCUCAACAGGCACCAACGAUGCGCUGGUGAUGAACAUGACGCGAUUCGCACACGAUGCACUCUGCUCCGAAGACAGCGACAUCGACGGAGCCGUCUAUACGCACGGCACAAACUCCCUCGAAGAAACAGCCUUCCUCCUAGACAGCCUCGUGAACUGCGCGAAGCCCAUCGUCGGCACAGGCGCCAUGCGGCCUUUUACUCACAUCGGCUACGAAGGCGAUGCCAACUUCUUCGACGCCGUCAUGCUAGCCGCCAGUCCGGAGUCGCGCAACAGAGGCCUGAUGGUGGCUUUCAACGCGCGCAUUAUACCCGGCUACUGGGUGACCAAGUUACACAGUACAAAUCCUAAUGCUUUUGGCCCAACAGCCGGAGGCGAUUUGGGUAUCUUCAUCAACAGCUUGCCCGUGUUUUUCAACACGCCGUCUCAACCCCUGCACAAAUACAACUUCGACAUUAGUGCAGUCUCGAAUUAUAAAUCUUUCCCAGCGCUGCCUAAAGUCGACAUUCUCUAUGCCGCCCGCGAAUUCGACGGUAAGCUUGCGCUCGACGCACAAGCAAACGGCGCGCAGGGAAUCGUGAUUGCAGGCACUGGCAACGGCGGGGUACCAUCGGGGGGAGACGAGAUUCCCGAAGCAAUGGAGAAAGGGCUGCAGGUGGUAGUGGGCGAGGAUCAUGUUGCAGUUGGCUAUCGCGAGUGGGAUGAAUAUGAAUCAGACCAUUGA